AUGAAUAUGUUGGAUGAUGAAGAUGACCAAAGCUUUCACGCUACGCGUGACGGCUACUCCCAUUUGAGCGAUGUCGAAUGGGAUGCGGUUGAACGGAUGGGUUCAACCAUGGGCAUCCAUGCUGUUAGCUUCAUGCUAGAGGCUCUUAAUAGAGAUGCCCAACAUGCUACUAUCGCCAAGUUCAUUCAAAAUGAACUUGACGCUGAACGCGAGAAAGUAGCCUUGCUUCACCAACAAGGUUCUCAACAAGCAGAGUUUUUGAGAGAACAGGGUGCUCAACAGUUUGAACUUUUGAGACAGCAGCAGGCUGCUGCUGGUGGGUCGAUGCACUCGCGUCGACCCGAGACCUUGAAGAUUGACAUCUCCAAGUAUAGGGGAGUCGAAGAGGACUUCUUCUUGAGAUGGUUCGUCGAAUUGGACGACGCCAUAAAGGCGCGUCGCAUCGACGAUGGGGAUAUGCAAGUUGCAUUUGCCCAAUCAAAUCUGGCAGGACGUGCCAAGACUUGGACUUUGGGGCUCAAGUUGCACGACCCAUAUGUGUUUGGGUCGUUGGAAGUCUUCAAGUCGCGGCUCAGACAAACGUUUGAACCGCCUAGAGCUGAGUUCAGAGCUCGAACCGAACUCUUGAAGCUCAAGCAAGGUCUUGCGGAUGGUCCCGUCGAGACUCACCUUUUCCGAAUUGAACUAGAUUCACUAGAAUAA